GACGAAUGGUUAAAAGGCGAGGCUCGCCAGAGGUUGCUGCUCCUGCAGCAUACUUCAAAAGCCUGAGACAACCCAAUAACCCAGUUCGGUAGAAAAACACAACAUGACUUUCCCCACGCGCAAGGGCACAGAUGACGUUUCUGCCAUUGGUUUUGGUGGGAUGGGCCCUCUCUCCAUCGCCUAUGGAGCCGUCGGGCCCGAUGAGGAGCGUUUCAAGAUUCGUUCUCGAUGCUGCGUACGCAAGCGGAUGCACAUUCUGGGAUACGUCAAAUGUCUACGGCGACAACGAGGAUCUGAUUGGUAAAUGGUUCAAGCGUACGGGCAAGCACGACGAGAUCUUCCUUGCUACAAAGUUUGGCGUCGACUUUACAACUGCCAGGAAUCUCAAUGGCACGCCCGAAGCAUGUCACGCUCACUUUCAGCGAUCGCUGGAGCGCCUUGGAGUUGACAAGGUUGAUCUGUUUUACCUUCACAGGCCUGACCCUGAGGUGCCUAUCGAGGUGACGGUGGGAGCUAUGGCCGAGCUCGUCAAAGCUGGCAAGGUGCACCCGAUUGCGGCGCUCCAGGUCGAGUAUUCAGCAUUCACGCUCGACAUCGAGGGCGAGUUGAAUCUGCUCAAGACUGCGCGUGAACUUGGUGUGAAGAUCAUUGCCUAUUCACCUCUCGGGCGUGGUCUGGUCACUGACCAACACAAAUCGCCCGACGACUUCGAGGAGGGUGACUUCCGGAGGAGGGUCCCCAGAUACUCCAGAGAAAACUUCCCGAAUAUCCUCAAGUUGGCAGACCUCCUGAAGAAGAUUGGCGAGUCACAAUGCUACGGCUGGUCAAGUUGCUCUUGCGUGGCUCCUGGCCCAGGGUGAAGACGUCAUCCCGAUUCCUGGCACAAAAAAAAUCAAGUACCUGGACGAGAACCUUGGUGCGGUGAACGUCAAACUAAGCCCCGAGGCCGUCCAAGAGGUGAGGGGGCUUGCUGAGAAAGCCGACUGGGCAAACCGUACACGGUAUCCCGAGGCGAUGAUGCGCUCGAUGUACGUUGAGACGCCUGAGCAGAACCAAGCACCACCGGGCCAAGCAGCCAUCAACACAGACGUCAAGGAAGACCAGAUUCUGAGAGCUCAGUCAUCGAAGGUCAUCGAGCAAGCAAACGGACCAAGUCUCCAGGAUUUUAACAACCGUGACAAUGUCGCCGGCAAAUCGUCACCUUGCCAAGAGGAGCGCGCCAUGUUUUGA